AUCGGAUACCACUUGCCAUAUCGCACUCAUAACUCUUCAUUAAAAGACUACACGCACUCACUAGCAGUGAAUCUCGCCGGAGUUCAAGAACACGGAACACAGCGCAGCAGACAUGGCUAUGCUCACAACACAACCUCAAACUGAUGUGAUCGAUGCAGAAUACGAGGACUACCUCUGCCCCGUGUGUCUGGAGAUAUAUGUCUCUCCGAUGACCACAGACUGCGGACAUACAUUCUGUGAAAGCUGUCUUAAGGAGUGCUUGCGGCCUCAGAAACCUGUGUGUGCAGUCUGCAGGGCUGAUCUGCACGAGUGGAAAAAAGCAGAUAAUUUACUAAAUGAGAUGAAAAGAUCAAUCGGAAAGUGCAAAGGCUGUAAAAAUGAGGUUCUUUUGUCUGACAUGAGAAGCCACACAGUGGCUUGCUCUAAAUAUCAAGACUUAAUCAAUGAAGGUAUGAAGGCCAUUUCAAAGAACCAACCUUCAAUUGUCAGUUCAGUGCCGAACCGUUACACGUUCACCUGUCCCUACUGUAACAAACAGAACUUUGACCAGGGUGGUCUGGUGGAGCACUGCACCUCAAAACACGCACAAGACCCACGUCAAGUGGUGUGUCCGAUAUGUGCCUCAAUGCCCUGGGGUGACUCUAAUUACAGGAGCGCUGACUUCUUUCAACACCUCAGAAUAAGACAUGCAUUUUCCUAUGACACUUUUGUGGAUUAUGCUACAGAUGAGCAAGCCAUGAUCCAGGAAGCUCUACAGCGCUCUCUCAUGGAAAACUGAUGUGAGGGACAUAUGGAUCCCAGCUGAACGUAACAUAACCAAAAACCAAUGCUUAUGCUUAAAAGAUGAACAAACUACACUGGGAUUCAGGGCUAUUCUGAUAUAUUGUUCUGCCUAAUGUCGGUCAUGCCAAAGUUCCUAUUGGUGUAAUUUUGGUGAUUUCAUAUAUUCCAUAUAUUCAUAUAUACAAUAUUUCCAUAUACGUUCGACGCUGUAAAAAUACAUAUUCUGCCCAUCUAUAAUUAAUUCAGAUUAUAUAACUGAUUUGUGUUUAUAUAGUAUAGUUUGUGAAGCAGGCUGUCAGCUUGUGAUAUUAGAGUCUUGUCAGAUGCUUCUAGUGUAGAAAAUAUUGAUAUUGAAUCAUUAGGUCAUUCUUUUGAUCUUGAGAGUGACAUCUGAUUCAGAGGCAAUUUAGGGGAAGCAAAGGAAUAAGCUUUUUCUGUCGGUGUGUUUUGUCUUAUUUUGUUCUUUUAAGAAGCCUAGAGGUGUGUUCCACUUUGAGAUUAGUGUUUGAAAUGAGCUUGUUCAAACCAGUAGGGGGCAGUAUUGUAUCAUUAGUCCACCAUAUUGUUUAUCAUCUCUGUACUCUCUGACCUAAGCAGUGCUCACUAUGUAGUGCAGCUACUGGCAAGUCCAUGACUUAUCAAGAGGUAUGUACUGAUAGGAUCUGCCCUUAAAGGGAUAGUUCACCUAAAAAUGAAAAUCAUGUCGUUAUUUACUCAUACUCACGUUGUUCCAAACCUGUAUGAAUUUCUAUACCAUGUGGAACACAGAAAAAUAUAUGUACGGAGUUGCUUUGGACCACACUGACUUUCAAUAUAUAGAUACUAAUAACAGUUCAAAAUAUCUUCUUCUGUGUUUCACAUGAGAGAGAAUCAUUCAGGUUCAGAAUGACACAAGGGUGAGUAGAUGAUGAGAGAGUUUCCAUUUUGGGUGAGCUACUCCUUUAAGCUCCAAAUGCGUUUGUGUAACUCAGUAGAGGGUGUUUUUUGUUAAUAGAGUAUAUAGCAGUCAAACUGUACAUGGCAGUUUUAUGAUAUGGUAAAAUUAGUCCGUUUAAUUGGCAUUAGUUUGAAAUCCUGCAGUCUAUUGAACAAAAGUGUAAUGUUGCGUUCCAUGAAGUUAAACUUGUGUUGCAUGCUGUUUGACACAGAUUUUACCACUGUGAAGAUAAAUCAUAUCAUGUGCCUAUUUCAUUCAUGGGCUGUUAUUAUUAGUGCUUAAUGGCACUGAUUCAUUGGCCUGUAUGUUGGUUGUGUAUAGCUAAUAAA